AUGUAUUUGUAUUUGAGUAGUUUUAAAAAAGGAUAUGACUUAAAAGAAUUGCUAUCAGAAGAUGAUAAUGAAUAUUGGUCUACAGAUUCAGUUUUACCACAUGGAAUCACAAUUACGUUUAAUUCAAAAGAGUAUGUUUAUUCUGUUGAACUUAAAUUUUCAUAUGAAAAGGAUGAGUCUUAUACACCACACAAAAUAGAAGUUUCUUAUAAUAAUUCUUCAUACAUUGAAAUUUUAAAUCAGCCUGAGGGGUAUGUAGAAUUUAAAAUUGAUGCAAUAACAGAUAAAAUUCAAAUUGCUAUUUUAUUAAAUCAUACAGAUGGUAAAGAUUCACACAUUCAUGGAAUUAAAGUAAAAAAGUCAGAAGAUAAGUUUUUCAGAAAUUAUUCUAAUAAAAUAUUUUAA